AAUUUUCAGGAUAAUGACGACAGCGUUUCCGACCAUUAUUUUCUCACUAUUAUUGAUUGCACUUUCUGUACACGCAAGUUUCCAGAAAAUUAACUUUAGAAAUUGUAAAUCAGUGUUUAACAUCACCAAUGUUGAAGUGGAUGGAUGUGUGGACUCAACGCAACAGCGCUGUGCCUUCAGAAAAGGUACAACACCGCAUUUACGAAUUGAAUUCGUACCCACAAGAACAACGGAGGCUCUGGAAACUUCAGUAAGAGCGAAAAUUGCCGGCGGCGUCAUCGUAUCAUUCAAUUUGGAACAAAAAGAUCCCUGCAAAGGUGGUAAUCUAACCUGUCCGCUUAAAGAAGGCCAGAAGUACCAUUAUGAGCAAGGUGUCACCAUAUUGAAAGAAUAUCCUGAGGUGGACGAUGUACAAAUUAAUUGGCUUAUCAAUGAUAAAAGCAACGACGGAGCUCCAAAUGAUGUUAACAAACGUGAAAUAUGUAUCAUAUUUUUAACGAAAAUUGUUGAAUAAAUAUAAUAUGGUCAUCAGCAGAUAUCACCCUAUCCAUUGCAAAACAAUUCGCUAGCAGUUUCUUCUUUUAGACAAACUCUUUUAUAGCCGGGCCAC